UCCGUUGACAACGUGACUCUUUGAGGACCCUUCGUCCGAAAACAAAUGGCAGAUUCAGGCACAAUAAUACAGCCGAAUCAAGAUUUUAAUUCCGACGUCUGUGAUGAAGUUGAUGUAGGUUACUAUUUCGAUGAGGAGAUUUGUAAAAUCCCAAAUACAUCUUUUUUGUGCGAUUUUCCUUUUUCUUCAUAUUUGAUCAAUUUUACACUGCGUUCAUGAACUUGGGAUACUUGUGAUCGCAUGAGUUCAAAUAGGCUUCGAAGAUCUUAAUGGACAAUGAAGACGACGCGAAAGUGCAGGGCACUGCUCUCUGUCAGCCUGAAUUUCUUAGCUCUGUUUUUCUCAAUAUCGGCAUUUCUAACAACUUACUGGUGCGUCGGCACACAGAGAGUCCCGAAACCCAAGUGCAGCAAACUCAGGACGCACAAUUGCAUUGACUACGGAGUUAACGAAACAGACCCUAACAAAGUAAUCUACAGUUGGGAAACUGGGGACGACAGGUUUCUCUUUAGGCAGUUUCACACUGGAAUCUGGUUUUCUUGUGAGGAAAACAUUCAUGAUGAAGGUGAGAAAUGCAGAAGCUUUAUUGAUCUGGCCCCGGCAUCCGAAAAAGGCGUCCUGUGGCUGUCUGUGAUCUCGGAGAUGCUGUACAUCGUGCUUCUGUUCGUGGGCUUCAGUCUCAUGUGCUUGGAGCUGGGCCAUUCCAGCAACGUCAUCGAUGGUCUGAAGCUCAACGCCUUCGCUGCCGUCUUCACCGUCCUAUCAGGUCUACUGGGGAUGGUGGCCCACAUGAUGUACACGCAAGUGUUCCAGGUGACCGUCAGUCUGGGUCCAGCUGACUGGAGACCUUACAACUGGGACUACGGCUGGUCUUUCUGCAUGGCCUGGGCUUCCUUCACCUGCUGCAUGGGCGCCUCGGUAACGACCCUCAACUCCUACACCAAGACUGUCAUCGAGUUUCGACACAAGCGCAAGACCUUCGAGCAGAGCAUCCGCGAAGAGCAGGCGAGGGAAGCCUUCGGUUACCUCCGGGAACGCUCCAUCCACUCAAUCUCCAAAACAGUGGAGGUGUUCACACAGACACCGAGGAGCAGUCGGAAAAUGCCCGUACCCGGAGACUCCCUGGACCUGAGUGAGAUUCCCGAAUCUCUGGAGGAAGAGCAGUGCUGAUUUGCACUAGAAAUCGAUCCAUCGCCUCAAUAUCGCACCAAGACUUUAUCAAGACAGUUCAGAGAAACGGCAGUCCACACUCAGACUGAAUUUCUUCAGGGAUUUUCCACAUCGGCAUCUCUGCCUUAAUUGAAAUGCGAAAAAUCCACAGUCUUGGCUUUGGAAUCUAUGGGGAGUCGAGUCCAAUCGGACCAGUGUUGACCAGCUCAGUUAAUGCCAUUAAAAGAGUCAGAGUGGCGAGUUAAAUCGAAGGUAUUGUUGCAGAUGAUAGGGAAGAACUGAGAAAAUAUUUACAACAACAAUAUUUGUUAUGAAUCAUCUCCCGGCUUGCCCUCUGACCCAUAAAAGCAGAUUACACAUCAAGGGUCUUAUGUUCCAUAAUAGCCUUACUAAAUUUGAUGUUAUAUAAUAUUUGUGUGUGUGUGUGUUGAUGGACUGACAAUCUGCAUUAAAUCUCUAUUUACAGUAUGAUCUAUUGGAAAAUAUAACCUCAAGUGUUUGCUGUGCAUAAAGUGUGCCUAUAUAGCCAACAUCAUAUUUACAUCUAUGCAUUUAAUAUUUGUCUACAAAAUGAAAAGCUGUGAAUUGUCUCCUUCAAUGAUUAAAGUGAUACUUUCAUUCAGUGAAAUGCUAUACAGUUCUAGUUACAGAGUAAUAAUUUUGCAGGGUUUUAAGGCCCUGGUAUGAAAUGUGUCUUCCACUUCCUCUUGCACAAUGAACUGUACAUAGAAACAUUCCUGGUCACCACCGAUACAAAUAACUGCAGCUGCUUUUUUGCAUCCACUGUAUUUUAUGUAGUAUCCAUUUCUGCUUUGCACUGAGAACAAUAAAUGACUUUAAGUACAUUUCCUUCUCCACCGAUACAGUACAAAGUUGCAGUCAUUUCACUUAGCCUGUGCCAUUUGACCGGCAA